GAUCUUUUCUUUCCUAAUAACUCUCAAUAGGGUCACAUGUAUUCAGUUUUAAUUUAUAUCGGGAUCGAUAUAUUCAUUUCCGAUUGGAUGGUUUCCUUGACAGGACCAUGCCCGUUCAAGUACUUUCGUUUUAAUAUAAGAAAUAUGGAUUCUUCGAAUUCAUCAUAUGAGUCCAGGGAGCCAAAGGAGAUAUCAAGAAAAUCUUCUUGGUUUUUCUCUUCUGCUGUAUUUCCUCAUGGUUGAAAGCAGCCGAAAUUGUCCACAGUCCAACAUGACAUUCCAAUACGUGAAAAGUUGUCCAAGAACACGAGAGGAUUGGAUAAAUGCUGCAGCAAGAAAGAAUUGCUCGGGCGUCAAGCAAGACUGUGUAAAGUCGGAAAAAUUUCAAUACCAUUGUGUCAUCAAUUCACAAAUGAAUUCAAUUAUAGAAGUAUGUGCACCGACUUGGUUUUGUAUAGGGUUUUGUGCAGAAUACAACCUACAAGGAGAAAGAAUCCAGGACAAUUUCAAUGCACCGUGUAAAAACUUCUCCAACCCUUGUCCGCCAAGAUAUUUAUCUUCUGAAGCAUACCUAUACCAGGAAUGUUACAAGUUAGUGGAGCUUCAGAAGAAAGAAUCGUUUCUACAAAAUAAGACUUAUGACGUACCAAGCAAUGAUGGGGAGACUGUUUUAACUGUGACAAUUAUUUGCUACAGUGCUGUUCUACUAUCAACAUUUGCAGUGAUAAUUUUCAACAGAAAACAGGAGAAAAGUUCUGAAGCUCUUAGGAUGGAUGAUGAGGAAAUCAGAGAUGAUGUAACAAUGAUGCCUGGAAAGCAAAAUAUAUGACGUUUUUAUUUUAGCUGUAUUCUCUAAUAUAUGUAUAUACCUCCGAGCUUAGACAUUUACAACUGUUCUCCUCUUUUUAGGUAACCUGCGUAAACUCGGGUGACCUAUUGCUAUCCGUUGUCGUCCCUCGUCGUGCGUCAUAUGUUAACAUUUGAACAUUUUCAGCUUCUUUUCUGCAACCACCCAACCAAUUUCAACCAAAUUUUACAUAAAGCAUCUACGGGUAAAGGGGAAUAAAAAUUAUGAAUUUCAUGGUCCAUGACUAUUUGGGACGUCAGGGGUCGGAUCAAAACCCCUUAAAUUAGUGCAAUCUUUAAAAUCUUCUUUACUCCUAGAUAUCAAGCAGUCAAACUGUUAGCAUGAAAGUAAUGGCCAUUGAGUCCCCUACUGAAAUUGUGAAAUUCAUGGCCCUAGGAUCAGGGGUUCUAGUGCUAGGGCGGGGCUCUAUUGAUUAUAUAGUGAAAAUACAUUAUUUCUUUAAAACUCUUCUCCUCUGCUCCUGGGUAUUAAAUAAACUAAGUACAUAGUUAUGAUGAGGAAGAAUGUCUUUUGCAAUAUUUUUAAUUUUAUGGCCCCAGUGUCAGGUUAGUGUUAGGGGGGGCUCUUUUGAUUACAUUGAGAAAAUGCAGAAUUUGUUUGACAAUCUUUUUCUCUGCUGGUGGGUAUUCAAUAAACUAACUAAGUACAACGUUAUGAUGAGGAAGAAUGCUUCUUCCAAAAUUGUAAUUUUAUUGCCCCUGGGUCAGGGGUUCUGGUGUUGGGGGGGGGCUCUUUUGCUUAUACAGUGAAAAUACAUUAAUUGUUUGAAAAUAUUCUUUUCUGCUCCUGAGUAUUAAAUUAACUAACUAUUAAGUAUAUAGCUAUAUGAUGAGCAAGAAUGCCUCUUCCAAAAUUGUGAAUUUUUAUGGACCCAGGGUCAAGGGUUCUGGUCCAAGGCAGGUGCUUUAUAGUAUAUAGUGAAAAUAAUUAUAAAUUAUUUCCUAAAAAUCUUCUUUUUAAUUAACCAAACUUAAUAUGCUAAAUGUAUAGUUAUGAUCAUUAAUGGCGCUUCUUUAAAAAUUUUGAAUGCUUUGAUUUCUAGUUUAUCAAACAUGAACAAAAGUCAAUCAGUGAAAAGUUGUUGCAUGGUGCUCAGGUGACGUAUAAGGACCAUUGACCUCUUGGCUCUAGAUACAAGACUCUAUACAGUAGGACAAGAAUUCAAUUUUUUUUAAUUGUAAAUACUGUGUAUAUCUAAAAUAAAUGGAUGAAAUAAUAAUUUUCUCUGUCAUCAGAUAAGUUUACUGCAGUUCCACCCAUAUUUUUUUAAAUAAAUGUCAUUAAAAUAUUGUUAGAAUUGUAAAUAUACCAAUCAUAUCAUUUGCUCUCCCUUUUGACUCCCCUCCCCUUUGGCUAAAUAAUAUACUAGAUAAAUGUCGAGGUUAAAGAAAUUGCCAGUACAGCAUAAAUUCAAUAUAACGACUAACUUAUUUUUGCAAGGCAAUAUUUUUAAUUGUACAUGUAUGUUGUAGAUUUUUUGUUUGUAAAUCAAUAGAUUGUAGGAAUAAAAUACAAACAAAAACAAGAAAUAAGGACAUAAGACCUAAUUAAACAUGUUUAGAGUCCUUGCUUCUCAAAACCAUAAUAAAGUGGCAUAGUUUCCUUUGAUUCAAUAAUUUUAUUAUUGAUGUCAUUCUCGGUUAUAACAUGUAUAAAGAGUGCACAUAUGUUUUGUAAUCCAUCAUGCAAGUUUGUUUUUUUUUUAAGUCUUUUAUUGUUUUUUUUUUAAUAUUGAGGUCGAGUUUCGCUGUGGAAUUUGGAAGAAAAUGGGACACAUUUUUCAGAUUUCAUUUUUUUUUAAUGCUAUGAUGAUGAAGUAUUUAGUGUCUUAACAAUGUGUAAGUGUAAGUUUUGCACACAACAUCGAUAUUUUGGUGUUCCCACAGUAUUCAAUAGACUAGAUUGACCAUUGAACUUGAACACCCAUUUUGUUCCCGUUUGAAUUAUUGAAUCCAUCUGGAAUCUAUAUGGCCUUAAAUAUUUUUUUUCCAAAUAAUUUUUUUUAUUUGAAAUAUUAGUUUUCAGUAGACGUCUGUAAAAUGGCCAGUUUAAAAAUACCCUCCUCUUGGCAGAGAUCAUUUAUAAACAGUUUUCUUCUUAGUAUGGUGAUUAUGCUUACUAUUGAAUGAAUUUCUUUGUGAAGCUUACUUGAAAAACCUCUGAAUUUGUUGUGAUAUGGAGUUCUUUAUAAGUCCCCAACCGGCGAAACUGAAGGGGACAAUAGGUUUCCUCUGC